AUGCUGCACCGUCUACAACUCCCUCGGAUACUCGCAGCGCACGCUGGUCCCAGCACUCUUCGGACAUUCAGUGCCUCCCCGGCCAUCGGCAAGCUCCGUUCUUACCCCGACGAGAACCGUCAGCGACAAUCCCAAAGAGGCCCCGUUCGGGCUCAAAGAUAUAGAACAGAAUUCUCUGGCGGCAUCAACACACCAGGUCUAACAAACCACCAAGAUAGGGACGAGAAUGCUUGGACGACUGCGACCCGUUUGAAAAGAUGGAUAGAUAAACACAAGGGGCCGCUGUCAGUGGAAGACACGGAGGUCGUCUCAAAGAUGAUCACUGAGGCACCCAAUCACAUGGUGAAUGCCCCUGUAUGGAAUCAACUGCUGGGGUUCAUGGGGAGGCAAAAGAAGCUGGAUAGAGUCUGGUCGCUGUACAAUCAAAUGAAAAAGCGCAACAUUGUCCCCACAUCUCGAACGUACUCUGUAGUCCUCAAUGCUUAUUCCGGCAUUUCUCAUUCUGGUCAAGAGCCAGAAUUCAGCUUUGUCACGCCUUCUGACCGCACUCUGUCACGAGUCACCAUCAUCUACGAGCAGUCCCAGGUGCACAUCAAAGGUCUCGCCGCGCGCCUGAAACAGGCUUCGGCUCCUUCAGAGGACGAUUUGGGUGUGUCCCUGCCAGGUGUGGCUCUCAAAGAAGCGAGCAAGCGGAAACCUCUUCCGAACCAAGCAGAGAUUGAGGAAGAAGUCGACUUGGCGCCUACGAACGCCUAUCUCAAAUUCCUCAGCCGACAUGGGAUGUGGAAUGAGAUGCAGCGCGUCUUUCUCUCCCUCGACACCGAAGGCCCCCUCGCUGCCGAUACUACCACCUAUACCAUCAUGUUCACCACUCUAUACCACGUCCACCGCUCUCUCGAGCGGGCACCAAACGAUCAAGCCCAGGCGCUCAAGAUUGGGCCGGCAGCGAGAGGAAUGUGGGAUCAGUGCAUCAGGCAAUUUGGAAAGGUGGGGAGAGACCCAUCAAGGCGGAUUGACAAUGUCCUGUUUGCGCAGUAUCUGCGUUGUCUGAUGAGAGGCCGACCAGAGGAUCACCGACAAGCUAUCAGCGUAGCCGAGCAGAUCUGGGAUCUCCCUUCCCCAGGUCAUGCUGCCCCCGCUUCUGCCUCGUCUACUAUACUCUCCAAACCCAGUAUCACCCCUACUGUCGCAUCUCUCCCCAAACUGUCUGUCGACGUGAGGUCAGCCACUGCCCUGAUCUCUGCCCUCCACACUGCUCGUCACCCGACUCUAGCAUCGCACUACACCCACCUCAUCCUCGCAAACAAAGGUCUGGAGCCAGACUUUGAUCUUGAGUUUCUCAAAAUUGCCAUUCUUGCGCUUUCUUCCACUGGGGAUAUCCAGGCGGUGCUAGGUGUGCUGGAUAUGUACCAGCCUCCCGGGGCCGGCAAAAAUGGCUGGUCAAGAGACACCUGGCGAGCCGCCAUUACCGCCGCUCGCUGGGCCGGUGAUUACUCCGCCGCUCUCUCCAUUUUCCAACGCGCAACCCAUCUCUCAACUGGCAUUGGUCACGUCCGUAUGGACCCUUCGGACAAGGCCCCCAAAGUCGCCUCCUACAUCUGGUCUACUCCCAAUGGGAAAGGCAAAGAUGCUAGGGGCCUGACGUGGAUCAAGCCUGAAAAGAUGGACGCGGACGCGCAGUUCCUGGGGCUUUUGUUCAAGACGGCUCUACAGAAGAGCAACAAGGAGGUCGCUUCCGCUCUUGACAUAUUCUUUCAUCUGGGCGGCGAGGGCGCCUUUUUAGCGUGGCCAUACACUGAAGGGAGCGAUGAGCCUCUUCUCCUGCGUACGCUGAGUUUGCGUGGUGUCACUGCCUCUGCGCGCAAAGCACUUGUCGACAGAGUCGAGUUGGCAAGGGACGUGGUGCGGGCAGCGGAGAGGAUUGGAGGGGAAGCCAAUGAGGGGCUGGUUAAAGGUAUGGGGGAGAUUGUCUCGCGAUGGGGACCCGUGCUCAAGGGUAGAGUGUUGCAGGAUGCCUCUGCAGUCUCUACGGUGAGGACGAAGGGGAACCGAGAGCGCGAGGAAGCGGAAUGGGAAGACGAAGACCUGGAAGAAGAGCCUGUAUCGAGAAAGUCCUACGGCGACAAGAGGUCGAGAGGCUGGAAGACGAAAGGAAAUUUUGAAAGAAGGCGAUCAGGAGGGCGUGAAAGUUCCAGUCGGCCUUGGGAGGACAGAAGUGGAGGACGAGGAAGAGAUGGCGAAGAGAGAGAGACUGUGACGAGGCGACCAUGGGAUAGGGACGCCAGCGAACGAGGCCCCAGAAAACAAGAGUUCUCUGGACGGAAAGCCAGUCACAAAGACUCUGAAGAGAGAGACUUUAGACAGAGAGACUCACCCGAGAGAAGCUUCCGAGAGCGAGGUUCUUCGAGCUUUUCAGACCGGGGAGGCUUCGGGUCAAGGGGUGCAAACAAGACGGAUGGCGCCUACGGUCGUAACAACAACUUUAGCCUCGAGCGCCCCGGCCGCCCGAGCUUUAGAUCUGAGGAAAGAGGUUCCAAUCCAGCUAGAAGGGAGAGGGAGCCAGAGCGCUCAUCGGGCUUUGGGUUGCGCAAGUAG